AAGGGACCCUACAAAUGUCUCUAAUCAUACGGUGCUGUGAUUGGCUGUGUCCAAAUGCACCAUGUCCAAGUACACCGCUCCCCAAUAUGGCAUGCUUUAAAAGAGACAGUACUUCCUGUUCCCAGUGAAGAAAAUUGGCGCAGAAUUGCAGACAAUUUCGAAAAGAUAUGUCAAUUUCCGCACUGGAAAGAUACUAUCGAUGGAAAGCACAUUGUCAGGCACAACUUCGUAGCGGCUUAACAUUUUGUAAUUACAAAGGAAACCAUAACAUCAAUCUACUUGCAAUAAGCGACGCUUUGAAUCGUUUCCUUAUUGUUGACAUCGGAGCUCAAGGAAGACAAAGUGACGGAGGUGUCUUUCACAACAGUGGAUUGCCUCAUUUAUUUCAGACAAAUGCACUGUGCAUUCCUCGACCCACGUGCAUCGGCUCUAUUAACACGGAGUUUCCAUUCGUAUUAGUAGGAGACGAAGCUUUUCCCUCGAGUACAUAUUAGGUGAAGUAAAAAGUUCUGAGCGUUUUUUCGCUUUAUUUCGACGAUGAAAUUAACAUAGUUAGGAUUAUCCGAUUUCGAUCAAAUAUGCGCCGUUUUGUUCGAUAACUUUUGUCCAUUUUG